AGGCUGCAAAAGGUCAUGCCCGUUAAUUGCCUUUCCAUUUUGACCCUCAUGCUUCACCCGUCUGCGACUCAGAAACACGUCUACAUCAUCGACGUCCAUACUCUAGGCGGACUUGCCUUCAAUACUUCAGGAAAGAACGGCUCUUUCUUCGACGUCCGUAACGACUCUGACGCGUUGUACGCCCACUUCAACAUUGCUCUCCAGGGAGUUGAGGAUGUGCAACUGAUGGAGAAUGCUUCGCGACGAAGCGGGGCAUCCAAGAGAUUUCUCAACGGCCUUGUCAAAUGCGUUAAGUAUGAUGCAGCCAUCGGUUAUCGACUCUUCCGGAGCUGGAACCAGGCAAAGUUCGAUGGAGAGCUCCUAUUUGAUCCAAAAUGGGCGGGAGGCUCGUAUCAAGUUUUCAAUUUACGCCCGCUGCCAACCAAGAUUACAGCCUAUUGUAUCGGAGACGUGCAAUACCUGCCGCAUUUGAGGGAUGUUUACUGGGGCAAACUUACGGCCCCGUGGAAGGUGAAGGUGGCAGAAGAAACGAAGAACCGUGUGCUACAAUCUCAGUUGCCUGGUUAUCAGCCUUGCGGUAGUGACAGCGCGCUUGGCCCAUGGCAGGAUAACGAGACUAUCAUCGGGAGCUUUUGGAACCAGCACGACAGCUUAGAGGAUCCUUGGGAUGACUGGCAGGCUGAGAACGACGAUGACUGGUUUGAUACUCGUGAUGAUAAUGAUUACGAGGAUUGGACGAGAGUGCCAUGGCAGGGUCCUCCCUCUUAGCUUGUCUAGGGACAUAAGGGAGAUGGACUGAAUUGGUCAAACUCGAUAACGGGGUAAAUAGCGCCAGAUGAACGUUGUCUGCCCACGCUUCUAUAGCACACGUCACAGAAUCCUUGCUCGUUUAUAAAUUGAACCACUGUCGGCGACUCAUGGCAUUCGAGACAAGAAUGUUGGUCACAGUAAUCUUUAUAUCCAGACAUGGUCUGGCAGUUGAGCUUUUGGCAUGUUUUUUGAUUGCUUGUGACGUUAUUCAACCAAAGGCCAACUUUGUCCCCAUGACUGCAAUCAUCUCCCGGAUCCGCCAUAAUGGCCGGCCGAGUGUCAAGUGAGCGGAUGUGUGACAAACGUUGUUACUUCUAGCAGACGUGAUCAUGAAGAAUGUGCGCGUG